GUCGCCACAAAGCAACACCAACUGCUCGUCCAUGAACACACUAUACGCUUUGCGAAUGAAAAUACAGACAACCAAUAAUCCAAGCUGAGAGAUCUAUCCUCGCAUGAUAUCGCCUUUAUUGAAGCGUAAUCUCCCGAGGCGGUGAUCGCCUGUGACGUUCGAUUGCCCUUGCCCCUCCAAAGAUCACAAGUCAACAACACACUUGAUCCUUCUCGAACGAUUGAAUCAUACAUAUUCACCUACUCUACAAAGCGCAUCCUGAUUAUUUAAUAUGAAUCGACUAUUUGGAACAAAGAAUCAGGCUCCCAAGCCAACCCUGGAUUCAGCAAUCUCAAAUGUAGACAGCCGCGUCUCAAGCAUCGACGUAAAACUCGCUGCCCUCAACUCCGAACUCUCCACCUACCAAGCGCGACUUUCCAAGAUGCGCGACGGUCCCGGUAAAAACGCCCUCCGCCAAAAGGCGCUCAAAGUAUUGCAACGCAGGAAACAAUACGAAGCGCAACGCGACCAACUCUCGCAACAAUCAUGGAACAUGGAACAAGCAAACAUGAUGCAAGACAAUCUGAAAAACGUGAUGACAACAGUCGACGCAAUGAAAACCACCACCAAGGCACUGAAGAAACAAUACGGGAAAAUCGAUAUUGAUAAAAUCGAGCGCAUGCAAGACGAAAUGGCGGAUUUGAUGGAUAUUGGUAAUGAGAUUAACGAAAGUAUUUCGAGGGCGUAUGAUAUUCCCGAAGAUGUGGAUGAGGCGGAGUUAGAUGCGGAGUUGGAGGCGUUGGGCGAGGAGAGUUUGUUUGAGAAUCCGAUGAUGGGGGAUUCGGAGGCUGUGCCGAGCUUUUUGCAGGAUGAGGUUGCGCCGCCUAGUUUUAUUGAUGAGCCGCCUGAGCAGGGUAAGGUUAAGGAGGCUGCUGGGGGGGUUGGAUAAUAUGUAGUAUGUUUUAUGUGAAGGCUAGCGUAGGUUUAAGUUCAUAGCACAGAUAUCCUCUGGGGGAAGAAUUCAAUAUCUAGUAUAUGUAUAUGUGUAAGUCAUCAGGUCAUGCACAUCGUAAUAUAUCCGGAAACUAAACCCGAAAUCACGCCAAUCCCAUGCCAAUUAGUACUAGUAAAGCAACGUCCAUAAUAGUUAUUGCAACCCAUAUCACACCCGCCAGCGCCGAUACAGGCCAGCCAUUCCUCAUCUUGACCGCUGCCUCGGCCAGAGCUUGAGCCUCUGUACUCGUUUGAGACAAAUCAACGGCUUCACUCCUGACAGUCAUAAACUUAUUCCUCGCCGUAAAGUAGAUAAGUGGCGCAACGACAAAGGGCAAUAUGACACUCAGAACCACUUGGGAUGCAGUCAGCGCGGUAUCUAGUCCCUCACGACCCACGGAUGCAGCUAUGAUAACACUCGGCACAAUACUGAUGACUCGAGUGAGAAGUCGACGGAUCCACGGUCGACAACUCCAGUUGAUCAUACCUUCGCUGAUCAUUUGUCCGGCUAUGGUGCAGACGAUACCGGCAGAUAGACCCGAAAGCAGCAAAGCGAGACCGAAAAUGGUGCCCGCAGCGGGUGCGAUGGAUUGUGAAAGAAGGUCGUGUAUUCCGAAUAGGUCUGCAUUAUCGGCGCCGGGGGUACCGUAUAGAGCCGCAGCGGCAACGAUGAGAAUGGCGCUGUUGAUGAAUAGAGCAAAUGUGAAUAGAGACAGACUCAAUUCGAUGAUAGAAUAUUUCAAGCAGCCGCGGAUCGCAUGUAUCGAAGGACGGUACACCUCGCCUUGCCCCGAAGGCUCAAUAUAUCCGGCGUCAAUGUCAUACUCUUUAAGCCGGGGCUGGACAGAUCCACUCCCUAGGAAAAGCGAAUGAGGCAUAACGGUUGCACCAAGAAUACCACAACUCUGAUAGAGACCCUUACUCUCAACGACCGCUGC